AUGACAUCCGCAUCGACCACCGACCGGCCCAAAGCGACAGCCAUUCCCUACCAGGGAGCCCCCCUCCCGAAUGUCCCAGAAGACCUCGUCGUACCAAAUAUCGUGAACCUCGACUUCGAAGAAAGACUAUGGGUUCCCCAAGCGCCAGACGUCUGGUUCCGUCCGAUUCUAUUCAACGUCACACAAGGCUACUUCGUCAAUCUACUUCGUGUUCGUCGCUCCGGCAUCUUGUCGCGCCACCGCCAUACGGGACCCGUCCACGCAACUGUUCUAAAAGGGAAAUGGCACUAUCUUGAGCAUCCGUGGUGGGCAACCGAGGGUAGUCAUGCUUUCGAGCCUCCGGGCGACAUUCACACGCUGGAGGUCCCGGAUGGGGUCGAGGAAAUGGUUACUUUGUUUCAUGUUACCGGUGCAUACAUUUACGUUGAUCCGGUGGGAAACCCGCUGGGCGUGGAGGAUGUGUUUUCGAAGCUGGCUAGUGCGAGGGCGCAUUAUGAGAAGGUCGGGCUUGGGGCGGAGUAUGUCGAUCAAUUUGUUCGUUGA